CAUGACCGGCUCUUUUUUCCCUAGCCAAGGAAGCCUGGACGAGGGGUAGCAUUAGGACCCAGCGAUGCAAUUAAGUUGGAGGUAGGAGCUACUUGUCCCAUUUUGGAGCUUUUGAGACCAGACAGAAGAGAUCAAGGCAUUUGGAGGAGAACAAACCAUCCCAUAGAUCCCAAACUGACUGCCCCAAGCUCAUCCAACUACCUCCUGAGCCGCUCUGCUCCUCUCCCCGACUACCCACGACGAUGAGAGCAGCGUGCGUCUUCCUGCUGUGUCUGCCAGCCGUCCUGGUCCAGGGACAGUACAUGUUCGAAGAGGUCCCGUAUCCCGAACCAGUGCAAUAUUCCCAGUACGACGGUCAGUUAGAAAAUCUAGAUUACUAUGACUAUCACGCGGUCACCCCGCGCGUCCCCGAAGAGCAGUUCCAGUAUCAGUCCCAGCAGCAGACCCAGCUGGAGAUCCCAGCGCCCACCCCAGAUGCUGUCCCCGAGACCGAACCCACAGAGCCCGGACCUCUCGAUUGCCGGGAGGAGCAGUACCCCUGCACCAGGCUGUACUCGGUCCACAAGCCCUGCAAGCAGUGCCUGAAUGAAAUCUGCUUUUACAGCCUCCGCCGGGUGUACGUCAUCAACAAGGAGAUCUGCGUCCGCACGGUCUGCGCACACGAAGAGCUGCUCCGAGCUGAUCUCUGCCGCGACAAGUUCUCCAAAUGCGGCGUGAUGGCAACCAGCGGCCUCUGCCAAAUCGUGGCUACCUCCUGCACCAGAAGCUGUGGGGGCUGCUAAGGCCGGAGGGCAGGCACGUGGCCGCGGCUCCACCGUCGCGAAGGCCAGGCCGCGUGGACGCCAAAAGGACCCGACCCACCCAGAGGAAAGCCCUUCCACCCCCACCCUCCCCAAGUGGCCUUCCAUCUCCCCCCGUAGAAUAAGGUGGUUGCGCUCAUGGUGCUAAAGAAACACAGUGCAUGAAACAGCAUAAAAGUCCAUUUUGUGCACAUAAUAUAGGGUUUGUAUUAUUUUUAUCACUUUGUUAUAUUAUAAAGGCCGGCGGCUGGGGCUGAGGGCACGCAGCCCAGCCCAGCCCACCCGGCCCGGUUUAUAUGUAGAGUAUCUAAGAGAACAGGUGUAAGGGUUGCCCGAGUCCCUGGCCCCUCUCUUUCUCGCUCUGUCUCGCUCCUUCGCAGCUUGGUAGGACUUUGCUCUUGUUGCUUCCCUCCUGCCUGAACUCCCCCCUGCUUCCACCUGGGCGCUGGACCAGGCAGCAGAUCUAAGUGUGGGGCAGAUGGGGACUAGGGAGAUGGGGCUCGUUUUCCUGGCCCGUUUGAUCCCAGCUGUGGUCCAUGAUUGCUAAAGGGCAUGUUGGAACUGAAACUUCAGCUGUGGCCGGUCCACACCCCUCCCCGGUCUCUGGCAGGGUCUCCUUCUCCCUGCAAAAGCAGCUAUCUGUGCAGGGCAAACCAACCCGUCUCCCUCCGCUCAGCAUCCAGCCAGGGGAGAGCAUCUAAUGCUGAGACCGUGGCUGUCUCCCGCUCCCCCGUUGGCCCCGUAAACCACAGAAGACUCCUGACCCGAACAGGUAUGGUUUGCUGCUCCAGGGGCCGAGGAAGUCCACUGGGUUUUCUGCUAUUUUGAGAGCCAGGUGCUACAUGCAUGCAGCCCGCGCCUGCAGGGCCCCGUGGGAGGGGUGAGCUACAGAGAGACCGGGGGUUGCAGAAAGGAGUGGUUGCCUCCUGCCUGCCCCUCUCCCCAUUCCUUCGCCCUGCUCCUGCUCCCGGGGGUGUGGGCAUGGUGCUUCUUGCCCCAGCUCCUUGCCCUGCCAGAAGCUGUCCCUCUUCACCCCUAGAUUUGUGCUUUUUCCUGGCUCUGGUUCUUCUUUCAGCUGGUGGCAACUCACCACUCACCCCCAUGCCAGUGGGCAGGGGAGCUUUGCAGCUCUGCUAUCGCCUCUGCUGUGCCCACCUCCGAGCUGAGUCUGUCCCUUCGUGCUUCUGUCUGGUCGCUGCAAGGCUUGCAAGCCCCUUUGAGACCCAAAGGGAUGCCCCCUCCGCCCCCCACCAGCUGCAGUGGACGUAAACGUGCCCAUACGCAGCAAACGUGCCCAUCCCUGCCCCUGUGUUGAGACCCGACC